AAGCGAAAUCCGCCACCCCCAACACUCCGUCGCCCCGUCCUCUCCCUCCUUCCCUCUCCCAGCCCUCUCUCCCUCUCCGACCAGAUCGAGGCGCCGCGAAGGAUCCGACGACCAGACGACGCCCGCGGCCAUGGCGUUCGGCGACCGCAUGACCACGUUCGAGGAUUCCGAGAAGGAGAGCGAGUACGGCUACGUCCGCAAGGUCUCUGGACCUGUGGUCGUGGCUGAUGAAAUGGGAGGUUCUGCCAUGUACGAGCUUGUUCGUGUUGGGUACGAUAAACUCAUUGGGGAAAUUAUUCGCCUUGAGAAUGAUUCGGCUACAAUUCAAGUAUACGAGGAAACAGCUGGACUGAUGGUUAACGACCCUGUAUUGAGAACAAGAAAGCCCCUUUCAGUUGAGUUGGGACCUGGUAUCCUUGGAAACAUUUUUGAUGGAAUCCAGCGCCCUCUAAAAACUAUUGCUAUUAAAUCUGGAGAUGUGUACAUUCCUCGUGGUGUUUCAGUUCCUGCUCUUGACAAAGAUGCACUGUGGGAAUUUCAGCCAAAAAAGCUUGGUGUUGGAGAUGUCAUCACGGGUGGUGAUCUGUAUGCUACUGUCUUCGAGAACACUUUGAUGAACCACCAUGUUGCCCUUCCACCUGGUUCUAUGGGGAAAGUAAAUUACAUCGCGCCAGCUGGUCAAUACUCCCUGCAGGAUACAGUGCUAGAGUUGGAAUUUCAGGGCAUCAAAAAGGAAUUUACUAUGCUUCAGACAUGGCCUGUGCGUACACCAAGGCCUGUUGCGUCAAAGCUUGCCGCAGAUACACCUCUUCUAACAGGACAGCGUGUGCUUGAUGCAUUGUUCCCCUCUGUUCUUGGAGGGACGUGUGCUAUUCCUGGUGCUUUUGGUUGUGGAAAGACUGUCAUUAGUCAGGCACUUUCCAAGUACUCCAAUUCUGAAGCUGUGGUUUAUGUCGGAUGUGGUGAAAGAGGAAAUGAGAUGGCUGAGGUUCUCAUGGAUUUCCCCCAAUUGACUAUGACAUUACCCGAUGGACGUGAAGAGUCUGUCAUGAAGAGAACGACAUUGGUGGCUAACACGUCAAACAUGCCCGUUGCUGCUCGUGAAGCCUCCAUAUAUACAGGAAUUACAAUAGCUGAAUAUUUCCGUGACAUGGGCAUGAAUGUCAGUAUGAUGGCUGACUCCACCUCUCGGUGGGCUGAGGCAUUGCGUGAAAUCUCUGGGCGUCUGGCUGAAAUGCCUGCAGAUAGUGGUUACCCAGCAUAUUUGGCUGCAAGAUUGGCAUCCUUCUAUGAACGUGCUGGUAAGGUGAAAUGUCUAGGAAGUCCAGACCGAACUGGCAGUGUGACAAUUGUUGGAGCUGUCUCUCCUCCUGGUGGUGAUUUUUCAGAUCCUGUUACAUCCGCGACCCUCAGUAUUGUCCAGGUUUUCUGGGGAUUAGAUAAAAAGCUUGCUCAAAGGAAGCAUUUCCCGUCAGUUAAUUGGCUCAUUUCCUAUUCAAAAUACUCGCAGGCCCUUGAGUCCUUCUACGAGAAGUUUGAUUCAGAUUUCAUUGAUAUUAGAACAAAAGCACGUGAGGUAUUGCAGAGGGAGGAUGAUCUAAAUGAAAUUGUGCAGCUUGUUGGGAAAGAUGCUCUGGCAGAAUCUGACAAGAUUACACUGGAGACAGCAAAACUUUUGAGAGAAGAUUAUUUGGCACAGAAUGCAUUUACUCCAUAUGAUAAGUUCUGUCCGUUCUAUAAAUCUGUUUGGAUGAUGCGCAACAUUAUCCAUUUCAACACAUUGGCAAAUCAGGCAGUGGAGCGGGCAGCUGGUGUUGAUGGGCAGAAGAUCACCUACACUGUCAUAAAGCAUCGCAUGGGCGAUCUGUUCUACCGCUUGGUAUCACAAAAAUUCGAGGAUCCUGCCGAAGGAGAAGAUGUUUUGGUCGCGAAGUUCCAAAAACUGUAUGACGAUCUCACUACGGGUUUCCGCAACCUAGAAGAUGAAGCGCGGUAACCAUUUUUCUUUUUCUUUUUGUAAACAAUGAGAAACCACGGGUGUCUUUACUUUUUACGAAGGCAUGGAAGCUGCUGUGUAUUUUUCCAAUUCUGAGGGUGUAGUUUCGAGACUAUGUACGGGAAUUUUCAGCACCGGUACACGGUCGUUUUUGUCGCAUCACUCUGUUUUGGAUUAGUGCUCGGUGGACACAACAUUUUGAUGUAUCAUUAAUAAAUGAUGGGCAUGUUCAUAGUUGAAUAAAGUACGAUGGCCAUCUAUUUGUACAUCAAUUACUCUCUUUA